AAAUUCACUGUCUUGAGAAUAAAUAUCAAGAGCUAGCUAGCUGACUGACUGACUGACUGACUGACUGGGUGAACAUUGAACAACAAAAAGAAAUAAAUAAUAAAAUAGUUGGUGAGGUUGUGAAACGAAUGCCGAAUUGCGACUGAAGCUCGAGUCUGCUCAGAGGUAGCACGCCGACGCCGGUUGACAGUAAAGCUAAAGACGACGCUGAAUUGAAGCCCCCCUACUCCGCUCGGCUCUGACAGAACAGCUUAUCCCUACCAAUUGGAGCAGCCAUUGCCAGUUGGCGGGAAAAUUUAUCCUAUGACAGCUGCCGAGUGUACUAACACACCCAAGCUCAUGUCGCCCUACUCUGUGUCAACCAAGUCAAGACUAGAGAAAUGGUUCCACAUUUACCAGGAGGAAUGAGUGUAGAAGAUGUCAAUAGAGUAAAAGAGUUAGAAUUUUUGAGACGCGAAUUAGCUAAAUAUAAAGCACUUAAAUUAACUCCCGAACAAAAAAAACAAUUAGGACAACCGGAUUUCGGUGAAGAAUUCUCAAAAGGAGACUGGACAAUUUUUAAUUUCUUCUCAAACCAACUAGACAGAUUAACUAAUUACGGAGGAACACUUCUGGGUACUUCUAGUCCAACUAAAAUAGAAGAAAUAAAUAAUAAAGAUUUGCCGUCAGCUCGGUCAAAGCCACUAAAAAGUAAAAGUAAAAAAAAAAAUAUUAAACGAAAGUCCAGCACUGAUAUUUCGUGCUCUAUUCCCAAAGACUCAACCAGCCAGUCCACUUCUUCUCAAUGCGGAAUUGCUGAUGAAUGUGAAAGUGAUUCAAGCUCUGGAUCCAGUCGCGGUUAUAAUUAUCAGUUUAAUAAAAGAAAAGUUAAUCGUAAUUGUACUUAUGAUGAUGAAAGUGAAACAUCAACAGACUCGAAUCGAUCGUAUAUAAUUAAAUCAGAAUCAAUAAUUAUUUCAUUAGAAAAUGAAUUGAAGGCGAAAGAGUCAGAAGUCGACGAGCUGAAGAGCCUGAGCCGGGAUUUAAAAUACUCAUUGCAGAAUCGUGAUAUGCAGAUUAAAAAUCUUAAAGAAAGUCUCGCGAAAACUCAAUUAAAUCUACAAAAUACAAUAGACCAGCGCAAUAAUGAGUUAGAUGAAUGGCGACAGAAAUUAGAAAACAGUAGGAAUUUAAUAGAAUUAAUGAAUCGUAAACUAGAGGAAAAAAGACAUCAGUGUUACGAGUUAGUCCAAGAAAUAAAUCACCUGAAACAAGAUAAUAAUUUGCAAGGACUGCGUACUGAACGUGAUUCUUUAGCUAAAAAAUUGGACGAAGUAGCAAAACUUGUAAAAAAUGCAGGAAAUUAUGGGGCUGGUAUAGAAGGAAUGAAAGCAUUGAUCCGCGAACGGAAUGACUUGAUUGAAUGGAAACGGCAGUUCGAGGUGCAUUACAGCGACCAGGAGUAUGAAAUCGAUCGUCUGAAUAAAUUAAUAAACCGUAUCGAAGAAGAACGCGAGACUCAACGACUAGAAAUGUCAAGAAUAACCGAGGAAUUGGAGGAAGAGCUCAGAAAUAAGUCCGAUGAAAUUGAUUAUUAUCAAGAACAAAUUAAUCAUUACAAAGAACACACGAAACAGUUAAAGAGGGAAUUAGAGAAAAAUAAUGAAGCCAAAGAAAAAGACUCCAUGAGUGACAGAGAUCUUGAUAGCACCUUUGCGAUGUACUUGAAAAAAUCUAGCGAACAAAUUGACCAGCUGUCUACUGCUCUUCAUGGUGCGGGUAAUGAUGUUGAGAAAAGCCAAAAAGAGAUAGAUAUUUUAAAGAAACAGAUUUCACAGAGUUUGUACAAUGAAAAGUUGUAUCAGUCACAGUGGGAGGAAUGUCAGAAGCAAAUCGAUAGUCAGAUAAAUGAAAUUGAAAAAUUACGCCAAUAUAAUGAUAAAUUAAAUAAAGAUAUUCAGAAUAAUGUUAAUUUGAAGUAUGAACUCAAUGAAAUGACGUCAAAAGUUGCUUCACUCCAAAAAGAACACUCGAAUUUGACAAAUAAAUUAAAACAUCUGAACGAAUGUUUAAAGGCAAAAAACUACGAAGUAAUUUCUCUGCAAGAGGAAAAACAAAAUUUAGAAAAAAAAAUCGCUAGUAUUCUUGCUGAGUUGGAGGAAAAAAAUAGUAAAAUAAAUUUACUGGAGCAAGAAAACUCCGAGAUUUAUAAAAAAUUACAAGACACUGAGAAAGAUGUGAAGGAAGUGUCUGAAGAGAUACAGUCUAUCAAAUAUAAUGAUGAAAAAAUAUUACAGAUAAAGAUGUUGGAGCAACAAUUGAUAAAACGUUCUAAAGAAAAAUCUAAGCUGGAAGAUGCCGUAAAAGAUUUGCGGAAAGAAUAUACUGAGUGUAAGAAUUUAAAUAAACAGCUUGAAGAUAACUUGACAAAUAAGUCUAAUCAAAUAAUAAUUAUCAAACGAGAUAUUAAACGAUUGACUAGUGACUUAAGCGAUAACAUUUAUUCUGAUGGUAGUAUUAUUAAAUUCCCGGAUAAAUUCCACGAGAGCUUGAGUAUUCUGAUGAAACAUGACGAGUUGGACAGUUGUAAUGAAAAAGGCUCCACUGAUUUUAAUGAUAUUGACUGUGAUAACAUCAAAGAUAGAGAAGAUAGUACCUCUAAGGCGUUAAAUAAUUCAGAUACUGAUCAAUUAAUAAACUCAAUUGUGCGUGAAAAUAAGGACUCGGCUAUGAAAGACGACCGUGCUAUGCUUGAAGAGAUAAAGCAAAAUUACAAAGCGGCUUUGAAGCCGAUGCUAAAAAAUUUAUCUAGUUGCGUAGCCAAAAAAUUUGAUCCUCAAUUAUUUGACAAUGAGAGUGGAUUUAUAAGUGAGGGUAUUUCGUCAAUAAAAUCUCCUAAUGAUAUCAAUAAUUAUCAUCAUCAUCAAUUAGAUAGUAUACCUACUUAUUUAAAUACAAUUAAAUUAAAUCAAGCUAAUCAACCGGAUUUUAACAAUGAUUUGUCCGAUAAUCAAAGCAAAAAUAAACACGAUGAUAAUCGACACAACAUUUUAUCUAAAUACAAUAAUGAUAAAUCACGACAAAGAAACAUUCAAUUUAUUAACAGCUGUUGCAGACGUUUAAACAAAAAGUAUUGACGAAUUAUUGAACCGAAUAAUUGAUAAAUAAAAUUAUUAAGUAAUAUUUUAAAUAAAAAAUGAAUUAAACACAGUAAUAAUUAAAACUGAGUAUUUAUCUGAAAGUGGUGGUAUCUAGAGUCAAGCGCGUAAAUCACAUGGUUAAAUAAAACUCUUGGUGUCGCGGGAUGGGAAGUUUCAUCUUCUUCUUCGAUAAUAUCCGGUAAAAACAUUGUCUGCUUCUCUUCAGG